AUGUCUCAGUUAGAAAAUACACAUAAAACACUAAUCGAAAAUGUUAUUAAAGAAGCUGAUAAACUAAUUGCACGAGGUCAAUUUCAUAAAGCUUAUUAUUAUCUCAAAGUUUCAUUGAAAAAAUACGAUGAUGUUGAACUAUUAUGGAGAUUUGCUCAUGCGUGUUAUCUUUGUGUUUAUUAUGUUACAAGAAAACCACGUAAAGAAUUCUGUGAAACAUAUUUCUCAGAGGGGAUGAAUGCAGCUAAAAAGGCUAUGGAGAAAAAUCCUAAUCAUGCUAAUUCCUUGACGUGGUAUGGUAUCUUAUGGGAUGAACACAAUAAUUUGAAAGGUUUUUUAGAAAGAUUCAAGAAUAUCUCAGAGUUAUAUGACAUAUGGAUAAGAUCAGAAAAAGCUGAUCCGAAUAACUUUAUAACUGAGAGUAGUUUAGGCAUAUGGUAUUUUAUUAUGACAGAUGUAUAUCGUACAAAACCAGAACUUUUUAAAGGUACAAAGUAUACUGGGAGUGAAUUCUCUUAUGAAUUGGCAUUAAAACAUAUGCUGAAAUGUGAAGAAUUGGCUCCUAUGAGAUCUGUAAUAACACUUGCAUAUUUGGCUAAAUGUUAUGCACGACUAGGACAAAAGGACAAAGCAAAAGAAUAUGGUCUUAAAGUACUUAAUUAUCCUGCACAUCACGUUGAAGCCGAUGAGGCUAAGGAAGAAGUUAAAGAAUUAUUGCAAACACCUAAAUGA